AUGGCAGACGGUCUUCAUUGGGAUAGUGUGUCAAGAAUAGACCCACAGACCCUCCAUGAAUGUGAAAAACAUGAAGUGGACGAUGUCGUCCGCAUGCUUGUGUCGACAGAAGAGUGGGAGGUGAAGGAUAAAACUCCAGAGGCCCUUAUUCAAGCCCUCAGAGUGUUUCAGGCCCUGUUGAAGAUUAAAGAUCGAGAAGUUACUCUUGCUGAAAACUUCAUUGAUGAUAUUGGCUUACAGCAUGCCAAAACUGAGAAAGAACUCCUCACAAAGCUGUCAAGGCUGGAACAGGAAAGCAAGCCGCUCGGCAGUGGGCCAGACAACCGCUUUCUAAGAGAUGAGAUUCGGCAGCUUGAGGCCCAGCUGGAGCAACGGGAGAAGGAGUUGACCCAAUUAAGAAGAGAAAUGGGAAAGGAAAAGAAAACCAAUGAAGAGUUCUUUGUACGAUUGGAGGAAGCUGAAAAUGAAGUGAAAAAGUUGAAAAGAGAGAAUGAUCAGCUCCAGCAGGAUGUGGAAUUCUAUCGCCGCGAGCUGGACCAGAGAGUUUCGCCCCCAUCCGGAGACGAGAGUGCUGAGACUCAGAGGAAGCUCAAUUUGGCCAACCGCCAGCUUUACCAGUGCCUGGACGACCUUCAGCAAGUUGAGGAUGAGAAUGCACACCUGAAGACACAGAAUGAGCAAAUGCAGAAAAGCUUGGAGGAGUCUAUGAAGGAGAUGGAGAAAAUGACAGAUGAGUACAACAAAAUGAAGAUCGUUGUGAAGCAGACCGACUUGAUUAUGGACCAGCUCAGGAAAGACAGGGACCAUGCAAAGCUUCAAGUCAGAGAGUUAACAGACAAGAUUCAGAGCAUGACUGAAGAAGACGACCCCAUUAUGGCUGCAGUCAGUGCCAAAGUGGAGGAAUGGAAAAGAGUGCUGUCUGGAAAGGACGAUGAAAUUUUGGUAUAUCAGCAGAUGAUUCGCGACCUCAGGGAGAAGCUGCGCUCGACACAGCUGGACUUGGACAAGAGCAACAUUAUUGCUCUACAGCAGGGCAUUUAUGAACUCUGUGGCGCUGUUCAAGAGCGUGAUAAUCAAAUCAAGAUGCUGAGUGAGCAGGUGGAGCAGUAUACAGGAGAGAUGGAAAAGAACACCCAACUCAUCGAGGAACUAAAAACAUCCACAAAAAAAGACAGAGUUCUUCCAUCGGCCACACAGCAGCAGAAGAUAGAGGACCUAAUAUUGAAGCUGAGGGAAGCAGAAACCACAGCAAUGGAAGCAGAGCAGGCGGUAAAACUAGCAGAAGCUCAUGCUGAGGAGAAAGACAAAGCACUCAUUGAGGCCUCAAAACGCUUGAGUCAAUAUGAAUCUGGCACUUAUGGCCUGGAAGCGGCCAUUACGGAGAUCAAAGAGUGUAACAAUCAAAUUAGGAUGAGAGAUCGUGAAGCAGAGGCCAUGACCAAAGAGAUCAACCAGCUAGAGCUGAGAAUCAAUUACGUCAUGGAUGAAAAUGAGGAUUUCAGAGAAAGGCUAGGUUUAGAACCGAAGCAGGAAGUGGACCUGACUGAAUUUAGACGUGCUAAAAAUCUUAAACAACGUCAGUACAAAGCAGAAAACCAAAUUCUGGCAAAAGAGAUUGAACGUCUAGAAGAGGAGCGACUGGAAUUAAAGAAACAAAUCAGGCGCAUAGUAAAGGAAAGAGCUGUGUCUGCAGGGAUUUCACACUCAAGCUUGCAGUUGGAGGAAGAUGGAAGACUAGGCAACAAAGAACAGUUGUCCUUCAAACAAAGUGGCAUCUCUGCAGAUAAUGAGCUCAGACGCAAGAACGAGUACCUUGAAAAAGAGCUGAGCAAUAAGGAGAGAGAACUGGAACUUCACAAAUCAGAGUUGCAGCUAAAAUUGGGAGAACUGUCAAAGGUGAAGAGUGAUCUGGAUUCUGCUCUCAAGGCAAUGAGGAUAAAACAUCAGGCAGCGGAAGUAAAGGAUGCCGACUCUAUUCCUAGAAUGAAAAAGCUGUCAAAUGUUAUAGAUGUCAUUGAAGGGCAGUUUGGGACUGAUCUUAAUUCUCAAGUCCAUCAGUUGUUGGGUAGAAAUGAAGAACUGAGGCAGGAACUGAAAUUGGCCCGUGAGGAUGCCGCCAGCAGCUUCAGUCAGCUGGUCAAAGCCAAUGUGAAGGUGAGCCAGCUGGGAGGUGAAUUAGACUUGCUCAGACAGUCGGGCAGCCGUGGAUCUGCCCCCCAGCCUCUGACCCUCCCGGAGGGUCUGGGACCCGGCAGCACUGAGGUCAUCAGUUCCCUGAAUGAGUACGCUGUUCGACUUCUUCAGGAGCUGAAAAACAAGGAGGAAAAAAGCAAAAAGCUUAUUGGAACGCUGGAGGAAUACAAAGAAAAGUUUGCUGUUAUCAGCCACCAACAAGGACUCCUUUAUAAAGAUUAUCAAAGCGACAAGGACGCCUGGCAAAAAGAGAAAGACAAGUUGACAGAGACAAACAGCAAGUUAGAGGAGCAAAAGCAGGUGGAUGAUGUCAAAAUCCAGCAGCUGAAAGACUUGCUGGAUACCCUUCAAAGAGACCCGGAGGAAAUCAAAAGACAGCUGAGCGAAGUAUUUCGGAAGCUCACAGUGCUGAAUGUGAACGAGAAGAAGCUGACGCGACGUUACACCGUCCUGCUGGAGAAAGAAGAGCACCUCCGCAAGGAAAACAGCAAGUUGAAGGACGAAAGCAACCAAAUGCAUGUUUCUGUCAUGCAGAGGAUCGGUUACUUGCAAAGAUACAAGGAAAUGGCAGCAUAUAAGAUGGCAGCCCUGCAAAAGGCCUUGGAUGAUAGUGUGCCCUCAUCAGACCUGGAGAAGGCUAAUAAGCAAUACACAGAACUGACAGUCCGAUACAGAGAAAUGCUACAGCGGGACAGUCGCCUCAUGCAGUGGACCACCAACCUUGAACAUUUGGAGAGUGAAAAUGAGUCUCUUAGAGAGCAAAUCUGUGGCCUGAAUAAGGAGCUCGAGAUCACUAAGGAGAAAUUGAACGCGUUGGAGCAAGCGUGGGAGAACAUCAGCUCAGCUGCUGGAGAAAGCAGCAUGGAUAAGGCAGACAAGGCGACAGUCAACAAUGAGAUGUUGUACACCGCAAGACGUCUCACCACUUUAGAGAUGAAGGAGUUGAAUGAAAGGCAGAGAGCUGAGCACGCACACAAAAUGUAUGAACACACAAGGAACUCCCUGAAACAGGCUGAGGAGCGCAACCUGGAGCUGGAGUCCAAAUUUGCAGAGCUAACCAAGAUGAAUGCAGCGGCCCAAAAGGUUGAGCGGGAGCUGCGAGAUGAGCUGGCGGAUAGCAUCAGCAAAGCUGCGAGCGAUGCUGACAGAGCCAGGAUCGCAGAGCUGGAGAAGGCAGAGGCUGAGUUACGCAUCGAGGUUUCUAAGCUUCAAGAGGUUUCAAAUGUGGCCAUGAUGCAGGUCUCCACUUUACAGUCCAAACAGAAGUCUAAAGAUAAAGAAGUAGAAGCUUUGAGGAAGCAAAUACUGGAUUACCAGUCACAGUCAGAUGAAAAAGCUCUCAUUGCGAAGCUCCACCAGCACAUCGUGGCUCUUCAGCUCAAUGAGUCAGCAGCAUUGUCAAAACUAGAGGCCACCUCAUCCUACAUCCAGCAGCUGGAGGCCUACAAGCUGCGUGCGGAGCAGCGGAUGGACGCCAGCGAGCGCGCCCUGUUUCUGACCCGCCAGGAGGGCAGGAAUCGCUCCAUGCAUCUCCGACAGACCAUCCAGUCCUUACGCAGGCAGUUUGCCGGAGCACUGCCCCUUUCCCAGCAAGAGAAUUUCUCCGUUACCAUGAUGCGACUCCAAGAGGACCGGGCAAAAGCCCAGGAGGAGAGGAGGAAGGCGGAGGAGGAGAGGCGGAGGGCAGAGGGAAGAGCCGGGGAGCUGGAACUGAAGCUCCAAGGGCUCGAGGAGCUCAUCUCAACACUGAAGGACGUGAAAGGAGCUCAGAAGGUCACAGAAUGGCACAAGAGGAUGGAGGAGGCACGCCUACAGGAGCUGAGAAAGGGACGUGAGGUAGUAGCCCAGAGGGAGGAGAUCCGAUACCUGAAGAAGCUUGUUGAGGAGCAAGACCGUACAAUCCGCUCACUGGAGGAGGACAUUGUUCAGCUGAACACUCUUCAACAAGAACAGCAGCUUGCAUGGGAUCAGAGAGAGGUGGAGUUGGAGCGUCAACUGGAUCACUAUGAGAAACACCAGAAUGAAAUUCUCUCUGGGGACAAAAAGUUUGAGGAGGGGGCUGGAUCCUUCCCAGACCCAAUGCUACCUCUUGCUCAACAGUUGGAGUUCGCUUUGGGUAAAAUCAGAGAACAUGUCCGCACCAUUGUGGACACUCAGGCCACCUGCAAAAGUUUGGACAAGAAGUUAAAAGAGAAGGAAGAAGCUUUGUGGAAGGCAGAACAGAACAUCGUUUCCCGAGAUAGAGUCAUCAACGAGCUGCGUCUUCGACUCCCGGCCAGUGCCAGCAGAGAGCGCCUGCUAACAGACCUCGCCAAGCAUGAAGAGGGCCAUUCAGAUCCUCAGCCUACCCUCAAGCUGGCUCACCAAACCAUCAAAGACCUUCAGGCUCGGCUUAAUAAAAAAGAAGAUGUUUUAAAGAAAUAUCAGAACCAGCUGUCUCAAGCAAGACGGGAUCAGGAAGAAAUGAUAAAGAAGCACCAGGAGGAAUUGAGAAUGUUGCAUCAGAAGUUGGACUCGUACACAGACACCUCUUUGGACCGCUUCAAACAGACAGCGAUGGAGCUGAUGAAGAAGCCCACUCUCAGGGUGCCAACCUCCAAGCACCUAGAGCGCCUGGCCGAGUUAGAGCAAACUGUGGCGGAGCAGGAUAUCUCCCUGAGCUCCGUUACAGAAAAGCUGAAGAUGACUGCCGCUGAGCUGGAGCGACAGAGGUCACACAUGGAGGCACAGGCUAAAAAACAUGUCGAGGAGAUGGCAAAGCUAGAGGAGAAUUAUGUUGCCCAAUUGAAAUCCUUAAGUGGCGACAAUGAAGAUCAAAGGAGUCAAAUACCUCAAAUGGAGAAGGAAAUCAAUAAUCUCCGUACGGAGCUGGAGGCCCAGAAGGAAUCCAACGUUCGCUCUCCCAGCAACACCAUGAAAAACCUUGUGGAACAGCUUAAAGCACAACUCACCCAGAAGGAGAAGCAGCUCAAGGCUCUCAGCAAGGCUCUGUUGGAGCUGCGGGCAGAGAUGACAUCAGCCGCAGAGAAGCAGGUCAUAGCAAGCGCUGCACAGAAGGAAGAAAGCCUUAAUGUCCAGUUACUGGUUGACAGACACACCAAAGACCUGAAGGCACAAGUACAAGAACUUAAUGAAGAACUACAAAGGGCAAAAGAUUCUGCCAAAAAAGCUCGAAGCCGGGAAAACAUCUUGAAAGAUGAAGCAGAACGGCUGAACCACGAGAUCCAGAGAUGUCAAAGAACCCAGAAACAGCUGCAGGCUGAAAAAGAGGAGCAGGAGCAAGAGAUCCAGGAGCUCCGGCAGCAAGUCAGGAGGCUCACCGAUGCUAUUCAGAGUCAACCAGAACCAGAUGGGAAAGGGCCUAUCAUCGAGAAUAUGCAGAGGAAGAUCAGAAGGCUGGAGUCUGAAUUGGAGAAAAGAGUCAACCAGAAACAUGUUAAGGAUGAACCUGGAAAGACUAAAGAGGAAAUUGUGCGGUGGGAGGAAGGCAAGAAAUGGCAAGCCAGAAUGGAAAAGGUGAAGAAUUCACUGAAGGAGAAGGAAAAAGAGAAUGAAUCUUUGUCGAAGCAGCUCAGCACCCUUAAAGACCUUUUUGCCAGAUUGGAGCAAGAGAAGGGAGCGCUGCAAAGAAAAAUGAAGCUUCGAUGUGUGACUGCCGAUCACGUUGUGGGAGUGCGGUCAGCUGAAGUGGAAAGGGAGUUAGACGAGCUGAAGAAGAAGAACACAGUGCUGGAAACACAAAUUGAAACUAUAAAACAGCAGCAGGCCUUACCUCGCGAUGAGGCCAUGGAGAGCCUGAUGCUCAGUAACAACUUCCUGGAGGAAAGGAUCCACUCCUUAGAAGGUCUGGUGUCUAAAGAGCCACCAUCAAGACCCUCUACAUCAGGGCGAGGCACCGGCACGCCAUCACAGAGAGACCCAGACCUUUCAAAGGAGAACCUCCGGCUGGCCUCCGAGAACCUGGAGCUGCGCUUUCAGCUGGAGCAGAACAACAAAGACUUACCGAGAAUCAAGAAUCAGGUCACAGAUCUAAAGGAGUUGUGCAGUGCACUAAAAAAGGAGAAGACAGAAGUUGAGAAAAAGUUGGCACAUAUACGGGAGGCUGGUCACAGCGGUAAAACGGUACCUGAGCUCGAAAGGACCAUCGGAUUGAUGAAGAAGGUGGUGGAGAGAGUACAGAGGGAAAACGAGACGCUGAAGAGAUCCAGUGUAUCUGCGAGCCGAGACAAAGCCACAGCUUUAGAGAGAGAGAUGGAAAAACUAAAGGCUGAUUAUGAGACACUGAAGCAUCAAAGUGAAGCUGAGAUGGUUUCUAAACUUGAGGCUAAAACCAAAGGACUGGAGAGGAUAAUGAUGGAGAAUGACCGUCUACGCAAGGAGAUCAAAAGGGAAAUGGAGGCUGCUGAGAAGCUGAGAGUGACCAAGACAAGUCUGGAAGUGACCAAUGAGAAGCUUGAAGCAGAGCUGGAGGAAACCAAGCAAAGACUGUUGGCGGCUCUUUCCAGACCCGUCACAGAGGGCACGGACAGCAAAGCCGGAAAGGCAUCCGUAGUAACCAGAAUGUUUGAGAACAAGAUGAAGGAGCUGGAGAAGGAGCUCUCUAAGAAGUCCACCUCCCUUUCUGAAGUCAAACAGCAGCUGAAGGAGGUGAUGGAACGUGAGGAAAGAGCUCAGACAUGCGUCCGACAACUUGAAGAUCAGAUUGACGUGUUAAAAAGGUUCCCUGCAGCUGCAAGGAGUAACACAGGACACCCCAAAGAACUCAGGGCGGUGCCAAUUGAGCUGGAGAAAGAGAGCAUGGCACUGAAACAAAAGAUAAGAGAGCAAGCUGGUGAAGCAUCCUCCACACCUGAUUACGAGAAACUAAAGAGGCUCCUCCAGACUGCUGAGAUGGAGAAAAUCAAGCUCCAAACGGAGGUCAAGAAGCUAAGGAAGGAACUGGGGAAUUUUGACCCAACGUUUUUUGAAGAGCUUGAGGACUUGAAAUACAAUUAUAACAUUGAGGUAAAGAAGAAUAUUCUUUUGGAGGAGCAGCUGAAGAAGGUGUGCAAUCAGUUUGGUGUGAAGGCUGAUUUGCCCAGUGUAUCCAUCAGUUAA